AGCCAUGUGCCAGCAUAAAUCAUCAUAAACCCAGCCAUUUUGCCGUUAGGCUAAACCUAAUUUUCGAGCCCAGGGUUUUCUUUUCAGUGGUGGAGGUGGAAAGAUGAAAAAGCUAAAUACUGUAAAGACGAAGGACACAAUUGCAAAUACCUUCUAUUAUAUUUGAAUCGCACCAUCAAGAGUAUCAAGCAUUGGAACAGCUCGCUCUCGGUUUUUCUUGCCGCUCACUUCCAUCAUUCAAACAUCUCUACAACUUCGCUUUUCAGACUCCUAAGAGCAGAAAGAAAGAUCAGUUUCUGCAGAUCGUCGUCCACCUUUUCUAUCUCCGAUAAUGGCGUUUGGUACAUCUCGAGCACGCAUCGAUCAGUUUUUUGCUUCGAAGAAGAGGAAACCCCAAUCACCUGGUUUGAAGACUGGGAGAUUUGAAAAGAAUGCAAAAACAACGGUGGAAGGUUCUCCUAGUGCCAAAGGCACUUUGGACAAUUACCUAAAGGCUUCACAAGAUAAUGAAAUCAUGGACCCUUCAUGCAUGACUCGAGGGAAGGAUCCUGUUAAAAGGAACUUGGCAUCGGAAAUUGAUAUAUCUUCCAAAGACGAAAAAGAGCAGUCUUUGUUAUUGAAAGAACCGAAGUCUCAAAGUUCUGAGGAAUUUGAAGUGACUCGUAAGGGAAAGUCUCUUGGUUCGUCUGAGGAAGGAAAUGUUGCCUUUGGAGAUCCUGCUGAGAGUGCUCUUCAUGUUAGUGAAAAUUCAGAACUAAAACAGUUUGCUACUGAUUUUUUGUCUUUGUAUUGUAGUGAAGUUCAACCACACGUCAAUUCACUGUCAGAGAUGAAGGUGAAUGACCAAAGGAGACAUAGUGGUCCAUCUAUGAUGAGUGAGGAGGAUAAAAGAUUCAAGAAAAGGCAUCUUCUAUCCCAUCAGUUACAAACAGAAGUUGUAACUGUUUGUUCUAACAAGAAAAAUCUUGAAUAUGAAGCUGGAGAGUUCCCUUGGAACCCUUCACAAGAAGUAAACACUGCUAGCAAUCUCAUUGAGCUUCAAGCAAGCUUAAGAAAGUGCACUGCAGCAACCAAAUCUGUCCUAAAUAGAAUUGAAUGCAGUACACCUGGUUCAUCGAUUGUUAAGGCAUGUGCUCAUAGGACACCACAGUCAAUGCGAGGAAGCUCCAUGUUUUCUCCAGGGGAAGCAUUCUGGAAUGAAGCGAUUGAAAUGGCUGAUGGUUUGUUUUUUGAAAGUGAUAUACUAUCUGCUCAAGUUGCUGAAGAAACUAAUAAUCCGAAGAGCCAAUAUGAAGUAAAGAAUACAGAAAGUUUAGGAAAUAAAAAUGUUGGCAACAAGACAAAGGAAAUUCCAGAUGAAUGUGAGAGCAGAGUCAAACUUAAGGGAAUUCGUGCUUCUUGGGAUUCAGCAAUGAAUCAGAAGAAAGAUAUAGACAAAGAAGUGUCCCUGCUGCCUGUCAAGCAUCUUGACUUCUCAUUUGAGGAGAAAAAUUUGGAUGGAAGCAUCCCUUACAUUAUACAGAGGGACAAUGAAGUAACUGGAUGCUGUGUUGUCAAUCAUAAAGGUCCAUCAACUGUUAAUACACUGAUAGAUUGUGAUGAACUAAAGACAAAUGAAGAGGUGCAAGGAGAAAAGUUGGAAAGGGCUUCAGUUCAUGUGGUAUCCAAAAUGGAAGUGAGUUUGUCAAGUCAAGUUAAUGAUAGCAUAAUUUCCACGUCACCAGCUAAUGAAGUGAAGAAGUCAAGUAGUGAUGAUGAAUGCAGUGAAACAACUACUCCAUUAAGUUCUGUGGUACUUAAAGACCAGUUAAGUCUCAGCAGGUGGCUUCCUUUAGAAAUAUGUGAAAUAUAUAAAAAGAGAGGAAUUGCAGAACUAUAUCCAUGGCAGGUUGACUGCCUUCAGGUAGAUGGUGUAUUGCAGAGAAGAAAUCUUGUAUAUUGUGCAUCUACAAGUGCUGGUAAAAGCUUUGUUGCAGAAAUUUUGAUGUUGCGGCGGGUGAUAUUAACUGGAAAAGUGGCAUUACUUGUGCUUCCUUAUGUUUCAAUCUGUGCAGAAAAGGCAGAACAUCUGGAGGUCCUUCUUGAACCACUUGGCAGACAAGUUCGUAGUUAUUAUGGAAAUCAGGGUGGUGGAACGCUUCCUAAAGAUACUUCUGUAGCUGUUUGUACAAUAGAGAAGGCAAACUCUUUAAUUAACAGAUUGCUGGAAGAGGGUCGUCUGCCAGAAAUUGGAAUUAUUGUGAUAGAUGAACUGCACAUGGUUGGAGAUCAGAGUAGGGGUUAUCUUCUGGAACUUCUGUUGACAAAGCUUCGUUAUGCAGCUGGUUUAGGCAUGUCAGAAUCAAUUAGUGGAGAAAGUUCAGGUUCCAGUAGCAGUAAGGCUGAUCCAGGUCAUGGUUUACAAAUUGUAGGGAUGAGUGCAACAAUGCCAAAUGUGGAAGCCGUUGCUGACUGGCUGCAAGUAAGUGGGAUAUACAAAGCAGCAUUGUACCAGACAGAUUUUAGACCGGUUCCAUUGGAGGAGUUUAUUAAAGUUGGCAAUACCAUUUAUGACAAGAAUAUGGACAUUGUUAGAACAAUUCCGAAGGCGGUUGACCUUGGUGGUAAAGAUCCUGAUCAUAUUGUCGAACUGUGCAAUGAGGUUGUUCAAGAGGGUCAUUCAGUGUUGAUAUUUUGUUCUACUCGGAAAGGAUGUGAAUCAACUGCAACACAUGUGUCAAAAUUUCUCAAGAAAUUUUCUGUCAAUGUCAAUGGUGAUAACAGUGAGUUUGUUGAUAUUACUUCUGCAAUCAAUGCCUUGCGAAGGUCUCCUGCUGGGUUGGAUCCAAUAUUGGAAGAAAAUCUUCCUUCUGGUGUUGCAUAUCACCAUGCUGGCCUCACUGUUGAGGAAAGAGAGAUUAUUGAAACCUGCUAUCGUAGAGGGUUUGUUCGUGUCUUAACUGCCACAUCUACCUUAGCUGCUGGUGUCAACCUACCUGCUCGCAGAGUCAUUUUUCGACAACCCCGGAUUGGCCGUGAUUUUAUUGAUGGGACUAGAUACAAACAGAUGGCUGGUCGGGCUGGUCGAACUGGUAUAGAUACAAAAGGAGAAAGUGUUCUUAUUUGCAAGCCAGAAGAGAUCAAAAGAAUUAAAGGACUUCUUAAUGAAAGUUGCCCACCACUGCAAUCUUGUUUAUCUGAAGAUAAGAAUGGAAUGACUCAUGCAAUUCUAGAAGUUGUGGCUGGUGGAAUGGUUCAAACUGCCUCUGAUAUUAACCGCUAUGUUAGGUGUACUCUUCUCAAUUCUACAAAACCAUUUCAAGAUGUGGUGAAAUCUGCUCAGGAUUCCCUUAGGUGGCUGUGUCACAAAAAAUUUCUUGAAUGGAAUGAUGAGACCAAGUUAUAUGGUACUACUCCCCUUGGACGUGCAGCUUUUGGCAGUUCUCUUUGCCCAGAGGAGUCACUGAUUGUUCUGGAUGAUCUUUCAAGGGCCAGAGAAGGCUUUGUGCUUGCAUCUGAUUUACAUUUAGUUUAUCUAGUAACACCAAUCAACGUUGAAGUUGAGCCAGAUUGGGAAUUGUAUUAUGAACGGUUCAUGGAAUUGUCUGCUCUUGAACAGUCUGUUGGUUAUCGAGUUGGGGUAGCAGAACCAUUUUUGAUGCGCAUGGCACAUGGUGCACCUAUCCGCAAAUCAAACGGAUUAAGAGAUAGUAUGAAGAGGUUACGUGGAAAGUUUGAAAAUCAACUUGGGAUCAACAACACUUUUCUUUCAGACGAGCAAUCACAUCGAGUGUGCAAACGGUUUUAUGUUGCCCUCAUGUUGUCAAGAUUAGUGCAGGAAGCUCCAGUAGGUGAGGUUUGUGAAGCUUUUCGAGUGGCAAAAGGCAUGGUACAAGCCUUACAAGAGAAUGCUGGAAGGUUUGCAUCAAUGGUUUCUGUGUUUUGUGAGAGGCUAGGAUGGCAUGACCUAGAAGGCUUGGUAGCAAAGUUCCAAAAUCGUGUUUCUUUUGGAGUCAGAGCAGAGAUUGUAGAGCUUACUACUAUUCCAUAUGUGAAGGGAUCACGGGCUAGAGCACUUUAUAAAGCUGGUUUGCGCACACCUCUAGCAGUUGCCGAGGCAUCUAUUCCUGAGAUUGUCAAAGCUCUUUUUGAAUCCUCAUCAUGGGUUGCACAAGAAAGUUUGGCACAACGACGCAUGCAAUUGGGUGUGGCAAAGAAGAUCAAGAAUGGUGCACGUAAAAUUGUUCUUGAUAAAGCUGAAGAGGCCAGGGCUGCUGCCUUCUCAGCUUUUAAAUCACUUGGUUAUAGUGUCCCACAGUUUUCUCGACCAUUGAUACUGAAUGGAAGCCUGGGAGGACAGGAAGCUGCAACUACCAGUGUUGGGGAUGACUUUCCUAGUAUUGUUGUUGGGGUUGAACACAUAAGGCAUGCAUUGUCCAAGCCACUGACAGAAACAAGUAAGAAUUUGGAGAAAGUUUCUUCAGCUAACGAAGGAAUAAUGCUGACAAAAGCCUCAGCUGAUAACUUAUUGGCUUCAGCAGAAGUAAAGUCAGAUACUACCUUGCAAAGUAACUUAUGUAUGGAAAAUCCUGUAACUGGUGAUGAGGUCAAUGCUGCUGUUGAAUGUUGCAGAAGUAUAAAGAUGGCAACUAUUAGUGGAUAUCUGGAUCAAGGAGUGCAGGAUAGGCACAAUGAAGAUCUCUGUGUUGGAAAUGUGGAGAGUGCUUGUGGGAAAGGUCCCCUAAAUGCGGUUAAUACUCCAGGUGGAUUUGAUUCUUUCCUGGAGCUGUGGGAGACUGCACUCGAAUUCUGUUUCGAUAUCCACUUCAACAGACGAUCAGAACCAAACUCUGUAGCUCCCUUUGAGAUACAUGGCAUAGCAAUCUGUUGGGAAAAUUCUCCUGUGUACUAUGUAAAUUUGCCUAAGGAUUUAUUGUGGUUGGACAAUGGAAAAAACAAUUUCUUGUCAACGUGUGCAUCUAGUGAUAAACAUAAUAGCCUACCUCCUGAGCAUUUUUUGGAGAUGGCUAAACUGAGAUGGAAGAGAAUUGGUGAUAUAAUGGGGAAAAGUGGUGUCCGCAAAGUUACUUGGAACUUGAAAGUUCAAAUUCAAGUGCUUAAAAGUCCUGCAAUUUCUGUUCAGAGAUUUGGCGGCAUGUUUCUUGAAGGGAAAGAUAUGGGUCUAGAAAUUAUUGACAAGUCUUGCUUGUUAUUACCACAAGUUCUGAUUAAUGAUGGAAUUGAUAUGUGCAUUGCAUCGUGGAUUCUUUGGCCUGAUGAAGAGAGAAGCUCAACUCCCAACCUAGAGAAGGAAGUAAAGAAACGGUUAUCCAGUGAGGCUGCAGCAGCUGCUAAGCAGAGUGGCAGGUGGAAGAAUCAGAUGCGAAGAGCUGCACAUAAUGGUUGCUGCCUUAGAGUUGCACAAACACGUGCCCUGUGUUCUGCACUUUGGAAGUUACUUAUCUCUGAAAAACUUAUUGAAGUGUUUACAUAUAUUGAAACACCAUUGGUUAAUGUACUUGCUGAGAUGGAGCUUUGGGGAAUACGCAUCAACAUGGAGGGAUGCCUCUGGGCACAAAACGUAUUGGCUAAAAAACUGAGAUGUCUGGAGAAGGAAGCUUAUAAACUGGCUGGCAUGACAUUUUCAUUGUACACAGCAGCUGAUAUUGCGAAUGUACUGUAUGGGCACUUGAAGUUGCCUGUGCCGGAGGGGCACAAUAAAGGAAAACAGCACCCAAGAACUGACAAACACUGUUUGGAUCUACUGAGGGAUGAACAUCCAAUUAUUCCAGUCAUUAGAGAGCAUCGAACGUUGGCAAAGCUCUUAAACUGUACACUGGGAUCCAUUUGUUCAUUAGCUAGGCUGUCUCAGAGUGCACACAAUUACACACUACAUGGUCGUUGGCUCCAAACGUCAACAGCAACAGGUCGUCUUUCAAUGGAGGAACCUAAUCUUCAGUGUGUUGAGCAUACGGUUGAAUUCAGCCUGAGCGAAGAUAAAAAUGGAAGUGAUGCCCAUGUUGAUCACUAUAAGAUUAAUGUGCGUGACUUCUUUGUCCCUACUCAGUUUUUAUUGCAGGAUAACUGGUUACUGUUAACAGCAGAUUAUUCUCAAAUAGAACUGCGGUUAAUGGCCCACUUCUCGAAGGACUCUGCAUUAAUUGAACUCCUUAGUAAGCCACAGGGUGAUGUUUUUACCAUGAUGUCAGCAAUAUGGACUGGGAGGGCUGAAGAUUCUCUUAGCUCCAAUGAGCGAGACCAAACAAAAAGGUUAAUCUAUGGCAUUCUUUAUGGAAUGGGUGCUGACACUCUUGCCAAACAACUAAAAUGCACCUCGGAUGAAGCUAAAGAAAAAAUUAAAAGCUUUAAACGCUCUUUUCCUGGUGUUGCAUCCUGGCUUCGUGAAGCCAUUUUAUCUUGUCAUCAGAAAGGAUAUGUAGAAACCCUUAAGGGAAGAAAGCGCUUCUUGUCCAAAAUAAAAUUUGGAAAUAGUAAAGAAAAAUCAAAAGCUCAAAGGCAAGCAGUGAAUUCUAUUUGUCAGGGAUCUGCUGCUGACAUAAUCAAAAUAGCAAUGAUAAAAAUGUAUUAUAUGAUUGUUGAAGGGGUUGAUAAGAUAGACUCUGGCUCUUCAAUUUCAACUAAGUUUCACAUGCUUAAGGACCGCUGCAGAAUCCUUUUGCAGGUGCAUGAUGAAUUAGUACUGGAAGUUGAUCCUUCUGUGAUAAAGGAAGCUGCAUGGUUGCUGCAAAUGAGCAUGGAAAAUGCUGUUUCUCUUUUAGUUCCUUUGCGUGUCAAACUAAAUGUUGGAAGGACAUGGGGCUCUUUGAAGCCUUUUCUGGCUGAUCAACGAAUGGAGGAAGCUGUGUCCAAAUGUUAGAUCAGUAGAUGUCCUUGUUCUUGACUUUGGAUUACGGUUACAGCAAAAAUUGAUGGAAGUGAAGAGACCGUGUUAAGGAAAAUAUAUCUCACAGAAGGGGAUUGGUUGAGUGGGCUGCUUGGAUGGAAUUGUGCUGCAAGAAGCCCUCAACUUUUCUCAUGUCAUCUCUGGAAGAAGUGUUAUGUAAAGAGAUAUUCGUGGUGCAAUAAAUGAUUUCAAAAAGUAUGAACACUGUUGAGCCCACUGAUGUAACUUCAAUUGUAAUUAUGAUAAAGUAGCAUUGGGUGGGGGUUGCUGAGCUUGGUUCUUUAAUGGCUGGCUAUUUCAGCCCUAGUGAGAUAGGAGUCAGAUUUUGAUCUUGAAGGUUGAAUUGGUUUCAAAAUAUGCUGAAGUUCUGAUAGUUAAUGGCGAUGAAUAUAAAAUAGUCAGAAAAGAAAAAAUUGUCAGAGACGUGUGCCAGCUGGAUUUGAUGAUAUGAUAAACUUACUAAUUGGAAAAAGUUGAAGAGAGGAUUUUAAGGGAAACUUAGUUGUAACAGACUCAAAUGCACCAGGGCCCUUUCCAGCCCGUUACAAUAUGAGUGAUUCUAUAUUGGAUUUCCAUUCUAAACAAUUUUUCAAUUUUAACUUUUGAUUACUUGGUUGGUACUUACAAUUAGUUGACCAGAAUGAUUCACAUUACCUCUGUAGCUUUGAAUGGAAUGUUUAUUAACAUGCAUCAUCAGGGGACAUAUUUCAUUUUCACUGCACUUUUAUCUUACUCA